UACUCCUCCGCAUCGCUGUUUUUUCCUCCCCUCUCCGCCCUACCCUCCCCUCUCUCUCCUCGAGCCGCAUCCCACCCGCCUGCCCGGGGGGUCCUGCAGCGGCCGCCAAUCCCGCCCCAUCCAAUAUCCCCGCCCGGCCCCUCCGCCGCCCUGAUCUCGUCGCCGUCCGAGGUGCCGGGGCCGACCGCGCUCCGGGUGCCCCAGUGCCCUCCCUCGCCGGCGUUCGUCUCCGUCGCCCGGUUCCGCCCGCCCGCCCGCUGCGGCCGCGUCGGCGACCUGCGACGGUGGCGCGGGAACAGCACGCGCGUCGGCGAUGGCCACGGCCUGAGAUUGAGGAUGCGUACAGAGGGGUUGGAGUCUUGCCGAUAGGUUCCCUCCCUGUUGAAAUAUUGUUGUAGAUUCUGACGGAAUGUUGGAGGGUCAAUCUUGCCUGAUCUCGAGGUCACUGCCCAGCUCCUGCGAACAGGAAUCCAGAUUAGCUUAUAUGACUUACCACCUCCUUGAGAUCACAAGGACUAAGCGCCCAUCUGGGGUCCUGGCUAUUGAACAGGAUGGAAUUGCUGUGGCGGCAGUGCUGGCAAAGCGGCCUAAGUCUGAGGAUAGCCAUGAUGCUGUGCCGGUAGACUGUCAAGGUGGUAAUCAGGGCUAUUCUGAUUCAAGCACACUGAUAAGUUCUAUUGGCAGAGAUAAUUCAAUCAAUUGUCUAGCCCGCUGCUCUCGGUCUGAUUAUGGCUCCAUUGCAUCACUGAGCCGGAACUUCCGUUCCCUUGUCCGUGAUGGUGGUCUGUACAGAGAAAGGCGGAGGUUAGGGAUUGCAGAACACUGGGUGUAUUUCUCCUGCAAUGUGCAGGAGUGGGAGGCAUAUGACCCAUACCGUGAACGGUGGAUGACGCUCCCAAGGAUGCCACCUAAUGAGUGUUUCAUGUGCUCAGACAAGGAGUCACUAGCUGUCGGCACUGAACUUCUGGUGUUUGGCAAGGAGAUUCUAUCACAUAUUGUUCUUAGCUAUAGCAUCCUGACCAACUCAUGGUCAAGAGGCGUUGAAAUGAAUGCCCCUAGAUGUUUGUUUGGUUCGGCUAGUUUUGGAGAGAAGGCAAUUAUAGCUGGUGGCAUGGAUUGUUUUGGGAAUGUGCUUAGUUCUGCUGAGCUGUACAACUCUGAAACUAAAAGUUGGAUUACACUUCCGAGCAUGAACAAGCGUAGGAGAAUGUGUUCUGGAGUCUUCAUGGAUGGCAAGUUUUAUGUUAUUGGUGGAAUGGCCAGUAACACGGAGGUGCUGACAUGCGGAGAAGAGUAUGAUUUAGAGAAGGGUACCUGGAGGUUGAUAGAGAACAUGUCAGAGGGGCUCAAUGGUGCCAGUGGUGCUCCUCCCCUUGUUGCUGUAGUUGACAAUGAGCUAUAUGCGGCUCAAUAUGCAGGAAAACUAGUAAGGAAGUAUAAUAAAAGUGACAACACAUGGACAACUCUUGGGGAGUUACCAGAGCGCCCAGAAGCUGUGAAUGGCUGGGGCAUUGCAUUCCGAGGAUGCGGAGAGCGGCUCCUGGUGAUUGGUGGACCAAGAGUGCUGGGCGGCGGGAUGAUUGAACUCCAUUCGUGGAUCCCAAGGGAGGGCCCCUUGCAAUGGAACAUGAUCGGAAGCAAACCUUCUGGCAACUUUGUUUAUAACUGUGCUGUCAUGGGGUGCUGAUUUCUGCGCCACCACCCACCCGUCGAACAUACUUGUCAACAAGAAAGAUUUGUGAUAUUGGUUUCGCAAAUGCGCAUAAAAGCACUGAUUCUGCCUGAUUGGUAAUCUCUGCCUUCUUCUUUUUUUCCUUCUCCUCUGGACAUUUCAGAUUUUACUCCGAUGUUCCAUAGAGUAGUCAGUCACAUCCUUCCUUGUAUUCGUUAACAGUUACACUGUUGGGUCUCUGUUUUCCGUGCAUUUGGUUUCCAGUUGGGAAUUUGUACCUGGUCUGGUCCGUAUACUCUGUCGAACUGAGAAUUUCCUGAGAUGGAUGCAUCUAGGUGACAAACUGUAAUUGAUGUAGCCUUGCAUCUGGACAAAAUUGUAUUGGACUCUGAAUUGUCCCAGCUUCAUAGUGCCCCUGUGCAAAAUGCCUGUUAACAAAAACAACACUAGUUAUAAAUGUAUCGUGACAUGGUUUA